CUUUGCUCCUCUCGCUGGUGCCGCGGCCGUGUCGGUGCUGCUCCCGGGCUCGCUGUGUCUCCGCACUCGACAUGUUCCGUAAGAUCCGGCGGGUGAACCUGAGGAAGCGCAAUGACUCCGAGGAGGAGGACAAGGAGCUGGAGCGGCCCGUGUCCGGCCCGGUGGGACCCCCCGAGCCCGCCCUCCAGCCCCCCGAGCCGCAGUUCAUCCUCCCCCAGCCCGUCCUCCCCGAGCCCCCUCAGCAGCAUGACAACGGGCUCCCGGGGGCCCCAGGCCGGCCUCGCAGGGAAUGCCGGGACACGUGGGGAGCCAAGGCCAGCCUGCUCAGCUUCCAGGACGAGGAGGAGGAAGGUAAACACCGGGCUGGCCGAGCGUCAUGGGAAUGCUGAGCUGUGGCCCAAACCCCACGUUGGCUGGUGGGAGUUGGAGUUCUGCUACAGCCGGUGGUUUUGCAAUUUGCCAUCCAGUUCUAGGGAGUGAAUUGGAAAUGUAACCUUGUGGUCACUUUCUAUUCAAGUGACACCUUUUGGUUCUCUAUUUAUUGUAUUCCCUAGGGUUAUCACCUACUUUUCCAGUCUAGAUGGCCUUUUUUUUUGUGGGUUAGAUACAGGACGAGGGUGUUACACCCAUAUCCUUGACCGCUCCCCUUAUUUUCUCAGGGAUGCACAAAGAACUGCGUGUUUUGUUGAACAAUUUCUAAUCAAGCAUACGUAAAACCUGUGGACAUGAUUAGUAUAUGCUUUAUUUUAGUGUCUAUUAACAUUAUGUUGAAGUGUUCUCUUUUUUUUUUUAUUUAGAUUUGAGCUUCCCUUCUACAGUGUUCAACAAAUUUAAAUUACCUCUAAUCCAGUGUUUAGACCGUAUUCUGACACUGGGCAUCCUCACACUCUGCAUGAGGACAUCUAGCGUUGGUUAAAUACCCAUAGGAAAGCAAUGUGCAGAGAAUUGAGAAAUGAUCUAUAAACGGAAACUGCUUCAUUACGCUGAAGUUUUUUUAAAGGACCACUAUAGCCUCCCAGACCACUUCAGCUUAAUGAAGUGGUCUGGGUGCCUGGUCCAGCUAGGGUUAACCCUUUUUUUUAUAAACAUAGCAGUUUCAGAGAAACUGCUAUGUUUAUAAUAGGGUUAAUCCAGCCUCUAGUGUAGCUGCCCCUACUGACAGUCAGCGAGGCGCUGCCAGUUUUCUACUGAAAAUUACAGUGAAGACGCUGCCCAGCGCAUUGUGUCGCUUUCCGGCGAAUCGCCGGCUGAAUGCACGCCAGCGGGUUCCUCGCUAAGCGCAUGCGCAUUCGUGCGGAGAGGAGGGAGGAGGAGAGCUCCCGCCCGGCGCUGGAGAAAGGUAAGAUUUAACCCCUUUCCUCUCCCCAGAGCCGGGCGGGAGGGGGACCCUGAGGGUGGGGGCACCCUCAGGGCACUAUAGUGCCAGGAAAACGAGUAUGUUUUCCUGGCACUAUAGUGGUCCUUUAAUGCCUGUAGUAUCCAUUUAAUGCUAUCAGGUGACAUGUCUGCUUUAACAUACAGCGUUAAAAAAAUAAUCAUGCAUGCUUUGAAAAGGCCUGGAAGCUGUAUUCCUAAAAAGUUAUUAACCCCUUAAGGACCAAACUUGUGGAAUAAAAGGGAAUCAUGACAUGUUAUGUGUCCUUAAGGGGUUAAACGUCACUUGGCUUUGGAAUUGGUGUUUUAUAUCUCUUUUCUUAAGCUCAAAUAACGUCUUUGGCGUUUAAAUUGUAGGCAAGUUUAUAGCCAAAGUUUAUUCUAGUUAAAGUGGUAUUAUUGCCUACUACUUAAACAUGUAUUCCUGACCUUGACAUGUUAAAACAACCAUUUAGGUGGCUUGCCGCCCCUUCUUAUCCCCCUUAGAAAGAAUUAGAAUAUACCUUAUUUCCAUCGCCUUUUUGGUGACAUCAUCAGAUUGGCUGAAAUUGGCAAGGGGGCAGGGCCAAAUGCAGUUUUGGCCAAUCGGCACCUUCUGUUAGAGAUGCAUUGAUUCAAUGCACCUCUAUGAGGAAAAUUCAACAGUGCUGCACCUCUAGUAGCCAUAUGAGGAGGGACCAGUGGAGGUAUCCCUAGGCAGUAAUGUAAACUGCAAAAAGCAUGAAGGGAAGGAUUAUACUCACGGGAACAAAUACACUAAACUGUAGUUCUGGUGAAUAUAGUGUCCCUUUAAAGCAUUGUGUUUUGCAGAUAUUGGUAAACUAAAUGCAAACUUUGUUGUGUAUCCUGAUGAGUCUAAAUAACACACUUUUGUUCCCAACAGAGGAAGAAGUUUUUAAAGUGAAGAAAUCGAACUAUAGCAAGAAAAUAGUCAAGAUUCUUAAAAAGGAAUAUAAGGAUGACAAAGAGAAAACAAAGCCUACAUCUGAAACCUUUAACUUGGCAGAUGGUAAGCAUUUCAUCCGUAGGAUCGGUUUUGCUCAUAAGGUGGAGAAAUUACAUUGUGGGCCACAAUUAAAUUGUUCCUAAAACAUCUGCAAAUAUUUGCCUCUCUAUUAACCUAAAUAUUAAAAAUGUUGUGACUUAAUUAAAAAGGCACCCUUAACACAACUACAGCAUGCUGUUAUGGUGCCAGGAGUUCACUGAUGCAAUACCACUGUUCAGAGUCAAAUUGUUACUUUUCAAAUGGUUUGACACUUACCUGGGCACCCACAGACCGACAUCUCUUCACAUAUAUUGCUAAAGCAGAUGUUCCUACUUCCGCAUUAGUGAUAUCAAUUUUGAUGGAAUUCAUUGACUCUGCGUUUCAGUUCACACGCUUCAGCCAAUGAAGUCGAUACAAAGUUUGAUAAAAUUGGUAUUUCGAAAGCUGAAGAUAAUUGUCUGCUUUAGAGAUCUAUGUGAACAGGGAAAGGACUGCAGGUGACCCAGUGACACUACCAGGAGUCCUGUGGAGCUAUAACCCAACAGCAGCUGCAGUGGUUAUGGUUCUUAAAGAGCAGCUUCAACUUUGGUUUUAUAAAUCAACAGGUGCACAAGCAAAUUAAUAUGCAGUCACGAGUGCUUCAUGCUUCUAUACAUUUAUAUAUAUUUAUUUCAUGCACGCAUUCAUUCAUUUGUCUUAUCUACCCCAUAAUGUAUUUUUUUGCAUUAUUCAAUCCAUCUUUCUUUUAAGUUAAUAAGAGCGGCCUGAAUGGUUAAAUUAGGUGGGGGAUUAAACGGUUAAGCUGUUACAGAAAUACUUUGAUGCCCUCGUUACAUGUUGUGUGUCUGUGUUGCAGUUUGCUUUAUUUUUGUCUUAUUUGAUAACGAUUUGUAUUACAAAGUGGUUGGGUUAAAGUGAACAUUAGGAAACUGUGCCCUUUUGUGCAGCUUUUGCUGUGUACAUUUUCCAUUUCAAUUUAUAUAUCCGAUAUCAUUCUUUAGGCUCUUUUGAGGAAUCUGUACUUUUUAUAUUACUAACUUGUUGUUUCUUUCCUAAGUCAUGAUGCUUGGAGACCAUAUAAGGCUAUGUAUGCAUAGUGUUUUUAGUUAGAAUUCAAUGCCAUGUCUUCUUGUGUCAGGAUCUUCAAUAAGUAGGGGCCAGUGCAACUUUUUAGAAAUGUUAGUCUUGCAGGAACAGUGCUGGUAAGUUCAUCUUUAUUUAAUUUAUGUUUGUAUAAUGUCUUUGUAGGCAACAACGCCAUCCAUAAAGCAUUGUCCAUGAAGGAUAUCUGUCAGGAGGAUGUGGCACAUGGCAGUGACCUUGGGGAAGAGGAAAUGGAAGUCGAAAGUGAAAAAGAGGAAGAGAAGCCUAAGGUGGCUGGCUCUUUUACAAACCCAGUAUCCACUUUAAAUGUUCUCCGUCCAGGUAUUGACCGCAUGCUAAUUAGAAAAUACUUCAUGGAUUUUAAGUCAGUUUAUGUAUAGAGGUGGCUCAAUGGCUCAUUUUAUCUGAUGUGACUGUGUAUAUUAAUGUAUGCAUUGUACUUUAAAAUAAGACACAGUAAUGGUCUUUGUUUUACAUUUGUGUUAUGACCCCAUUGAGCCACAGUGCUGCUACCUUGUAGAAAUGUGUAAAUUCUUACUUAAGAUACAUUUUGAUAUUGGGUUGCCAUCUCUGAUAUGUAACUUAUUCACUUGCCUGGAUUGUUCUGUUUUUAGAACUCUACUAUUUAUUGUUGGUAGUUUUUACUAGUUGUGGGUCAAGCCCAGGAUAGUUCUAGUGUCUGGCAAUAAGCACGGAACUAUAUUUAGACCAUAGUGAGUUGUAGUAGCUUUAGUUUUGAUAUAUUGUGCCUAUUCUCUAAAAAUAUAUUUUUUUAAAUGCUUUGUCAAUAUAGAGAUGUAAACUGAUAGGUUGGUGGGAACUUUGCUUAGGUGCCUCUCUGCACCCAAAACAUUGUUGAAGAGAGUACUAUUAUAUGCAAUAACCACUAAACAAUCAUAUUGUUCCUGGUAAGAAUCUCUCCUAAUCUACAUUCGUAGAUCAUUUGAAGUAGACUGUGUUAUCUGCCAUCCCAGCCCGUCUCUCGCUGCCUAGAUCUUAUAGAUUACCAAUCUUUCUUAUUGUAGGAGAAAUCCCAGACGCUGCAUUUAUCCAUGCAGCCCGUAAAAAGAGGCAGAUGGCUCGUGAGCUUGGAGAUUUGCCAUCUGCUGAGAAUGAGGGUGGUAAAGGUCGCUUGGUACGUGAAGAUGAAAAUGAUGCCAGUGACGACGACGAUGAUGAUGAAAAAAGACGAAUCGUAUUCUCCGUUCGAGAGAAAUCUCAGAGGCAGAAGAUAGCAGAGGAAAUUGGUAUGUUUCACUGUUUUAUUGUCUGAAUAAAAAACUUUCAGGUUCAGUUGAACCUAAAUUUAACACACACCGUUUUACAUGGAUAAAUGAUAUUGUCAGUGCAUUGUGUCUAGUACUACUCAGGGACGUGAAAGUAAAAAAUAUCUACUUGUCCUUACAAAAAAUAAUUUCAAUUAGAAAGAUUAGGGACCCUGCCUAGAGCCCUCGACGUGUAUAGGAGUAUUUUCUAAACUCUGAAUUUUUACAAAUAGUAUCCUUAUGGAAAAAAAUGAAGCAUUAAAGCACAUCAAAUGUAACAGUUAUAUGCUGUUUUUAAUAUUACCAGAUGGCUAAUAAGGUGCCCACUUGAAUAGUACAUGUAAACACAUACUGGCAGCAUGGCUUUGUUUCAUUCUGGGCUGCCAUACGGUCUCAAAGGCAACAUAGACCUAGCAAAGCACUCUGGCAAAUUUUAAUGUGUAAAAACUGAAGUUGGCGAGCCCUAUAUUUGACCAUGUUACUUUUCACAACACCUUAAAUCGUUCUACUUGUGGGAAAACACAGCUUACAAAUAUGAGUGUUUUAUUGCAGUAAAAGCUAACAGUAUUAUGUCAAUCACAUUUGAAAUGUCCAGAACUUAGAAAAUAAGAAGUGCUUACACUUUUUUUUUUCUUAUUAAAUUGUUUCAUUGAUAAAUAUGAGGUGAAAUGAUAGCCCUAUUACUCCUGAACAAAAUGAUAUAUAAGUGUGGGUGCACUUAAUAUGACAAAGGUAAAUUAUGAACAGACCUAUAACUAAACUUCAAGGUUUGGUUUUGGUCAGACCUGGUACAACUGCCUCUGUCCUUAAGGAGUUAAAUCUGUAUUAUUACCCCCUUUACUUUUGAAGUACAAUAACUGAUCUGAUGUUGUAUUUAUCACUCUCUGUGAUUGUAAAAUCACUCCUUAGUUUAGCAUACUACUACAUACUGUAUAGAUAGGCUGUUUACAUAAAUGUGAUUUAAAAAUAUAUCAAAAGGCGAAAAAAUCCAGUGGACCUCUCUAGUAGUGUUUUGUGGAGCUUUUUACGUAUUUUUAAAAAAAAUCUAUUUUAAAUUAUUAGUCAGUCAUAUUGACGUGUUAUCACCUGUCUCACACUCCUUUCCAGGUAUUGAAGGAAGUGAUGAUGACGCUUUAGCGACUGGGGAACAAGAUGAAGAGGUGUGCCGCUGGGAGCAGGAACAGCUAAGAAAAGGAAUCAGUAUACCUCAGGCAAGUAUUUUUUUAUUUAUUUUUUUAGCAAUUAUUGCUAUAUUUGUAUUUUUGGCUUUUCAGAUUUUGAUAAUGCCUCCUUGUGUGCCACAUAUUUUUUGUAUUUGGGGGGGGGGGGAAUAUGCCAGUUACAAUUUGUAGUGCGUCUAUUUUUAUCUGAACCUUGUGGCCACUAAAUGACCAACAAAUGUGUACAUCGAGCAUUGUUUAACUAUUCUCCUUGGUACUCGGUAUUCUCUUCUUGAGUUUUGAGUUUCCGAACUCCAUUUAGGUAAAAGUAAAAAUAUUAGUGACUGCAUGUGAGUGGAUACCCAUUCCUCCCACAUACAAUGCUUGCUUUGCAUUUGGAGGAGUUUGACUUCGUAAACAGCUGGUCUGCUUGCAUCUGUUUCUGGCAGCCAAGUUAGAGAAGACAGGUGUUUUGUGGGAAAGGGGAGUCAAACCACUGUCUACAGCACACAUUACUUUCAGAAAUAUUUGUCAGUAAUUUGGAUUAUCCAUGAUAGGAUGUUAUUAUUGGUAGUUCUAACGUGAAUACAUAUUUGUGAGUUUGUUGUGAAGAAAAAACACCUAUUAGUUGGCCAUAAUGGUGAUAAUCCUAGUCCAUGCAAGCUAGAAAUUAUUUGUAAUGGUUUUGACAUUUGCAACCACAAAUAAUCAACCUCCAUGUAUACAAGUACUAUGCAUUGCUUGUAAUUAGGGGGGUGUGCUUUUUGUUUUGUUUUUUAUAUGUGUACCUGGUUCAAGCACAAAUCACAAUCUGACUUAUCCAAAUUUCGAUUUUCAGGUUCAAGUGCCCCAGCCUACAGAAGUAAAUAAUUUGUUCUACCCAAGCACGUAUCAGGGAAUACCCUAUGGCUCUUCGUAUGGCGUUCCAUAUACUUACUCUGCUUAUGGAUCUACAGAGACAAAAUCUCAUAAACCAGAUAAUUCAGUCUCUUUCAAAACUCCCAGUAAUGAGAUGACUCCUGUUUCUAUUGAUUUGGUAAAGAAACAGCUUAAAGACAGGUAGGACAGAUUAACUUUCUUUUUUGGGGGACUACCAAAGCAGACCAUCCAGCUUUCUGUUCCCCUGGCUCUUGUUAUAUGGGGUCGGGAACGUAAAGCUACUGUGUAACACCAAUGAACUCUUUGAAGAACACGGAUGGAAUCAAGAAAAUUGAGCAGUUGCCUUGGAAACUAUAAAAGCCUAGUGAAGUGAGAGUGCGUUCUUUGCCAGAAGCACAGGGCUGUGUUAGUUCGACUUUCUGGACAGUUACAAAGGCCAAUAUAUGUGAAGGAAAGAUGACUUUUGAGUGUCACUGUGAGUCACAGGUACCCAGGUGCAAACAAAAAACAAAAUGCGAUUACUGACUCUUCAACAGAGUUCACAAAAAGGUUAUCGGUGUAUGAAAAUCACCAAGCUAUUAGUUACAUGCCCCCCAUUUUUUGUUACUAGAAAUGGUGAGAUCUGGUUAAAAAUUCAAAAUGGCUUUCAGGUUUCAUGGAGUUAUAUUGUUUUUUUUUCCAAAUAAAUUCCUGUGUUUAGCUUAAUAGUAAUAUUCAGUUUCACUGCAGCAGGCGGUUUUGUAAAUUGAUACUCUUAAUUUGUAGUGAAUUGCGGAAGUGUGAAGGUUGGAAAUGUUAAUAUUGAGUGACUUAAUAGUUUGUUUUCAUGAAAACAAUCUGUGUGGGGUGUUUAGUCCUGUUUAUUGGUUAGGUAUUUCUUAAAAUAACACAGAAAUGUUACACAAGUGUAAAUCCUUCUAAAUUUCUUUUGUUUUAUGUAAAAGAUCCGCAUGACAGCUUACUCGGAUAAUGACUGUAUUAAGAUUUUCAGAUUGCUCAUAUAGAAGAAAAAAACCUGAAUGAAAAAAAAUUUAUAUUUGUGUGACACUCUGCCCUGGUGGGGACACCUUUUUCAGGAUUGCAGGUGUAUUGAUGGUUUUUCCUUUAUAGAAAACAUACUGAGGUGAGCUGUUCUUAAACCACUGCUUUUUGUUUUCUGCAAUACAUAGGCUGGAAGCAAUGAAAGAAACCCAUAAAGCAAACUGUGAACUCUAUGAAAAACACGAACAGAGCAAAGAAGAUUCCACCAAUUCUAUAAUUAGAUUGGAAGGCUGUUCGGGGGGUAAUGCUGAACGCUACAAGUUUUUGCAAGAAAUGCGAGGGUAUGUCCAAGACUUGCUUGAGUGUUUCCGUGAAAAGGUAAGAAUGCCAUGAUCUUAGUCUAUCGUGUUUCCAAAAAGAUUUACUUUUUCUUUCGUUCUUUGUUACACCGUUAUCCCCUGUUCUUUCCUCAACACUUCUACCACUGUACUUUGAAUUUCAUGAUUCGGGUGCUUGUGUUGCUUAAAUGUGUAUGUUUUCUUAUAGUCCUUUUAUUAGCUUUUUAAAAUAAAUAUAUAUAUAUAUAUAUAUAUUUUUAAUUUUUCCCUCUCUAAUUGUUUGUGCAAUGGGAGUGGGAAAGCAAUGUAAACGGGUCCUGCCCGUUUAUACUUCAGUUGUACAAGUUAAACAUUCCUGAAAUGCCAGUCUAAUCAUCUCUUCCAUUUGCUAUGAGCCCACUUUUGUUUUGUAUUUAAAAUCUUUAAUGUCUUACAUAAUAAAAUAUACUAACUAACCCUAAUGGGAACAAGAAAAUAAAAAUAGAAAAGUUUUUAACCCCUUAAGGACCAAACUUCUGGAAUAAAAGGGAAUCAUGACAUGUCACACGUCAUGUGUCCUUAAGGGGUUAAAGGACCACUAUAGUGCCAGGAAAACAUACCCGUUUUCCUGGCACUACAGUGCCCUGAGGGUGCCCUCACCCUCAGGGUCCCUCUCCCGCCGGGCUCUAGCGGGUGGAAGGGGUUAAACUUACCUCUUUCUCCAGCCUCGGCUGAAUGCGCAUGCGCGGCAGGAGCCGCACGCGCUUUCAGCCAGUCCAUAGAAAAGCAUUCUCAAUGCUUUCCUAUGGACGCUGGCGUCUUCUCAAUGUGAAAAUCACAGUGAGAAGCGCGGAAGCCCUCUAGUGGCUGUCAAUGAGACAGCCACCAGAGGCUGGAUUAACCCUCUAGCGGCUGUCAAUGAGACAGCCGCUAGAGGCUGGAUUAACCCUAUUAUAAACAUAGCAGUUUCUUUGAAACUGCUAUGUUUAUAGAAGAAAAGGUUAAUCCUAGCUGGACCUGGCACCCAGACCACUUCAUUAAGGUGAAGUGGUCUGGGUGCCUAUAGUGGUCCUUUAAUAGCCUAAUAUACUGAGUAAUUUGAGAAUAAAUCUGCGGGGAAAAGAGGGGCACAGGGUAGGCAUCAUGGAGUUCAUCAGUUCCUUAAAUAAUUAUUUAACUGCAACUACGUUACCUGAAUCUCACUGAUAAGGGUAUACACUUAAAUUCCUAAGUUGAAGGAAAUUGGUAGGUACAUUUUUAACACGUAAACGUUAAAUACAUAUUAUAUCUUUUGUUUUCACUAUUGCAAGAACAUACCUAAACGUUUCUUUUUGUUUUGUUCUUCUUUGUAGCAAACCUGUCAGUUAUAAUAUAUUAGGUAUUUUAAUUUUUUUGUGUUGUGAUCCUUAUUGUUUCAAGCAGCAGCAAGGAAGUUUGGAUAGUUGUUUACUCCUGGCCACCUAGGUGUAUUCUGAUGUUUGCCAUUAGUCUCGUGUACAACGUUGUGUUUAUUUCUGAUCACGUUAUGGAGAACUGCACAAAGGAACACUACAUAAAACUCUGGCAGGAGAAUUAAAGGCACAAUCUAAGCACCAAAACAACUUUAGCUUAAAAGGACCCCUAUAGGCACCCAGAUCACCUUCUCUUAUUGAAUGGGCAUGCAUGCAUGUCUUUUAGUGCUGAAAUAUAGAACGUUGCUGUUUUGUAGAUACAGCAAUAGUUUUAUUGCAGGGAUAAACACACCUCUAGUGUGUCUUUCUGACAGCUUCUAGAGGUUGCUUCCUCUGGUACGAUCAAGUUUGAUCUGAUUUAUGUGAUGCUUGAUGUCAAACGUUUAUUGGAUUCAAGCUUAAAUGCCUAAAUUGAAGGAAUUUGUUUGAAUAAGCGUCGCGCUCUCUUCUUGUCCAUCCCUAAUGCAUCUCUAUGAGAAGCAUUGGAUUGGACGAGAAGAGGAAGAUGAGACAGCCUGCAGGACAGUGUCACCAGAGGCGGAGCCGGCAGCUGCACGGAGUGAGUCUCAAAUAGAAAACAGGUGAGUAAAACCCCUUUUCCCCCCUUUAAAAAAAAAAAAAAAAAUUUAAAAAAAAGGUAUUAGGUGUGUUUCCUGAAUUUUAAUAGGGAGCAGAACUCCUUAUAAAAGUAUUUGUUUAUAUGUCUGCAAUCAUUCUCUAUGAAACACAUUUGACUGGACAGAAGUCUUCAACCUUGAUGACAUCACAGUCGGAGGUUUAAUUGAUUUAGAAGGUGUUUAAAAAAAAAUUAAAAAUAGUCCUGUAAAAUUAAUGUGUUAAGGAUCACAGGGAUUAAAUAAAAAGAAAUCAUAGUCUAUAAAAAUUUUUUAUUAGACUGUUCUUUUAAGCUGAAAAUUCUAUCUAGAAUACUUUCCACAUAAACUCUGCAUUUGCUUUAUUAAUAAAUAGGCCCCAAAUAAUGGGUUCAGUUAAACAUUUAAAAAUGUGUUGAUGUACCUAAAUACACUAAUGCUCAUGAAAGAUAUCCAUACAAGUUUUACAGAUGGACCAGUUGCAGGCAAGAAUUACUACCCCUUUUUAUGUUGGUUUUUUUUUGUUUUGGUUUUUUUGCAGCUUGGAUUAUUCCAAGUUAAUGUAUAACAGUGCUCAUGUAGCUUUUAUUCUCAGGAUUUCUUCAUGUUGCAUUGGAAUGACCUGUCCCAUGCUCACACGCACACGUCUGAGGUAUUAUGAGUUUUGUUGUAUUUUUUCAGGUGCCUCUGAUUAAUGAACUGGAGUCUGCAAUGCAACAGCUGUACAAACAGCGAGCAGCCCGCCUUGUCCAAAGACGACAAGAUGAUAUUAAAGAUGAAUCUUCGGAGUUUUCGAUGCAUUCAAGUCAGUCCAUCUUGAAGGUUUUUAUUAUUCAUUAAACACCCUUGUUUGCUAAAAGGCACCUGGCAUACAUUAUCCUUAAUAUUUCUGUGCAAAUACUGAAACAAUGUAGAUUUAUAUUUUUCUGCAAACUCCUACAAUGCUCCUUAUGAGGACUCACUACUCAUUAAGUAAACUGUACAAAAUAUGAACAGUGAAAAAAUGUACUGUGACCUUAUUUACCUAAUUUUCUUUUUGUACAGUAACUAUUUACAAAUGCACAGUAUUUAUAACUAUGCCAGUUUGCAUACAAUUCUGUUUCUAACACUUUUCUGUUUGUCAUUAUUUUUCUAUUCAAAUAAUUUGCACGUUGCUGCAAUGUAAAACAGUUAUGAAAUAUGUGUUUGAUUUUUAUCUAAAGCUUGAAUUUUAACAAAACAAGUAUUUAUUUUUUUAAGGUAUCACAUUUGUUUCCCUUGUCUGUUUAUGGUUAAAGGGACACUGUAGUCACCGAAACAAGUUUAGCUUAAUGAAGUUGUUUAAGUGUAUAGAUCAUGCCCCUGCAGUCUCACUGCUCGAUUCUCUGACAAUAAGAAGUUGAAUCACUUUGUUUCUGUUUAUGCAGCCAUAGCCACACACCCCUGGCUGUGACUGACACAGCCUGCAUGAAAAAAAAAGAUUUCAUUUUCAAUCAACUUUAAAAGUUUGUAUCUUCUGCUCUGUAAAUUAAACUCUAAUUACUUACAGUAAACUCCUGUAGAGUCUAGCAAGCUAUUAACAGAGCAGGAGAUAAGAAAUUAUACAUUAAACAGUAUUUGCAAUAAAGGAAGUAUAAACAUUAGAUGACUCUUUACAGGAAGUGUUUAGGAAGGCUGUGUAAGUCACAUGCAGUGAGGAGUACAUAGGGCUGCAUAAACAGUGAUUUCACUCCUAAUUGGCAGAAAAUUUGGCAAUGAGACUGCAGAGGCAUACUCUAUACACAACAACUUCUUAAUUAAGCUAAAGUUAUUUUGUGACUAUACUGUCCCUUCAAUCAAAUCACGCAUGCAGGUGGCAGUACCAUAAUAAUUUGUCAUAUUGAUGGCAUUUAUAGUUUCAUAACUUUUUUUGCAAGGCACCCACAGUUUCCAUAUCAAAAGACAUUAGAUAAAACAACUCACAGCCCAGCUCAGGGCACAAAUUGGGUGUGUAAUGUGUCAGCACUCUGAUAGUUUACAGAUGUACACAUAUUUUUGCAUGGAAUAAGUGGGACUUAUUUUUGUGCAUCUCUUUAUAAAUAAUAUGUUGUAUUUUUCUUUUAAAACAUGGAAAGAUGAGCUUCACACAAUUCCUUGCCACUUUUAAGAACCAGCUUUGUAAGCAUCCUUUUGUAACGCCCACUUGUUUACACGUAGAACCACCAAAGUGAACAAAACUGGUCAUACCAUGCUGAUAUAAGAGCCUUGGAAACUAGUUUGUGGUGAUUGUGAAGUGUAACGUUUGUUCUUUAACAUGUUGAGGUUCUAACGUGUUGAUUUGAUAGUAAAUGGUUGUAUUUAGAUGUUUGAUCUUUCAUCUGCAGUUAAAGGUAUUUGUUGGCCUAUUUUCUUAAUGUUUAUAUUUUUCCAUUUGUGCUGUACUUGCAAACAGUUGUUAAGCUCUAAAAUAGCUGCUUAAUCCCCUGAAAGGUGUGCGCUCUUUUGCUUUGUACAUGUUUCAGUUCUCUUGGUACAUGCCUUGAAUCCACACAACAGCUUUUUGAAUUUUUUUGUCUGGAAUACUUAGUUUUAACUUACUCCAUUACAUAAUUGCAAAAAAUAACCCCAAAAAUGUAAUGCUACAUGUGGUUAUAUACAUUAGUAUAGUUAGUAUAUUUAACACAAACGUUUACACUACUUAUUGAUAAAUUGAAGCUGGUUAUUGUAAUAGAUAAUCUAGUGUGGUUAUUCACCAUCAUUUUAAUUUUCACAAAUUAAAUCCAAAUCGCAAACUUUUAGUGAAUAAACCCAGUAAGUGUUCUAUUAUAGUUAUGGGGCAAGUCCACCGUUAAAUACACAACUCGAGAGAGGUUUUCUGAAACCUAAAAUGUACACGUGGAGUCCAUCUCUCAACUUGGCUAGUGAUUAUCAAAAACUGGACGUUGCCUUACUUUUACUGACCAACAUUUUUAAGUCUUGUUUUUCGAGUGAAACCUACAAAAGGGGAAGUUUAACAACUCUCAGAAUUAUGGGUAAUGUAACCAGAGGCAGCAGCAGUCCAGCUCACUUGAUUCCCUUGUCAUGCACAUUUUAAAUACAAAAUUUCCUGUUAAUAGCUUAUUAUGUAAUCUGCAAUGGUUACUUCUGUGUCUACAUUUCAAUGUUUGGGUUCAGCAGGAAAAGUUACCCUUUGCCCACUUGAAUCUGCAGUAUCGUUUAAACUAAAGCUGCGUUAACAAGCUUUGGUGGUUUGUGUUGACGGUGACCAUUUCAUUGAGAUUACUGUGACAUCUGUUGUGUAGUGUUUGUGAAUAGAUAUUGCAUGGAAAUUGAAAUUUCAGGAGAAGGCCCAGUCAACAGUCAGGAAGUCUGUAAAUGUAUCUUUUGUAAAGUUGCUAGACCAGUGGUUCCCAAACAUUUUAGGUUCAAGGCACCCUUAAUUUUUCAAUGUUUUUUUUUUCAAGGCGCCCCAAGUCAAAAAAAAUUCUAGGUUGUAUAUAUUUACAGCGCUGCAGUAUAUACUGGGCCCCUAAUCCUGGGAGUGGCACUGGUAGAUUAUUUAAAGAAACAAUCCAGGCACAAUAACCACUACAUUACGUAGUAGUGGUUAUGGUGCCAGUAGUGCCUACCCAGGGUAAGUAGACAAACUGUUUAAGAACAGUUUGACAACUUAACUGGGGUCUGCUGGGAUGGGGUGGGUGGGGGGUUGUUAUGCGUGUGUGUGUACAGGGGUGCAUUGUGUUUGUGAAGGAUGUAAUGUGUGUAUGUGGGGCAAUUUGUGCAUGAGGGGUACUGUGUGUGUAUGGGUGGGAGGGUGGGCAGUGUGUGUGUAUGGGGGAGCUAUUGUGUGGGGUCUGUGGGUGUAGGAGGGAAGAUUAAUAAAUAUGUACUUUUUUUUCAAAUUAAAAAUAAAAAUGAUACCCCCUCCCUCCUUACCUGCUUGCAUAGGAGGGGAGACAUUUCCUUUAAUCUCUUGUGGUCCAAGUGGUGACAGUGAAUUCUAGUAGCCCUAGGAGCUGCUAGAGUUCACUCUCGCGAGAUUUGGAGCAUUGCCGUGGUAACCGCGGCAACGCUCCGAACGCGCGAUAGGAGAACCCGGCGGAGAUGCAGGUUAGGGCUUCCCCGGGUCCUUUCUCCCUCCCCUGCCGGCUUUCAGCAAAGUGCUAGUGGGCCGGAGAGGGAGAUCCCUGAUCUCCCCUCCGGUCCUCCAGAGCCGGCGGGGCAGAGCGCAGUUCCCGGCGCUAUCAUCAUAGCACCAGGAAAAUAACUUGUGGCAUACAGUUUGGGAACCGCUGUGCUAGACCUUGAAUUUUUUACAGUAGUGGCAUACUGAUAAAUGUAUUGAGAAGGCAGUAUAACAGUAAAAUGUUUGUACAAACGUGUAUUCGUAUGUAAGGCUGCAUUUGAAAGUGAAAUGUUUUUAAAUGGAAACUCUUUUUACUUCUCCCUUUGCGAUCAGGUUAUUUGGUAACUAAUGUCACUGCGUUAGAGCAAUACGUAGCUCUAAGGUGAUUCGUGAAAUCCAUUUAAAGAUAUCCAUGUAUCUCAACACUCAAGGAGUGAUAACAAAGAUACAAUUUGAAGUGUUACUUUGUUUUCAGUGUUUCAGUAAUAUACAGAUAAAUUUACACUGCAAGUGAUGUGAUGCAAAGAAGUGAUUCAUUUGUGUUCGAAUAGCCCCUUAGCUUAUCAUGCUAUAAUGUGUGGGGAAAUCUGUCUGAGAAUCGGGUUUCACAUCUUUCUAUAUAAUUUGAGCUGAUUCUUAUUUUUCUUUGUAUAGCUUGUAAAUGUUGCAUAUUCAUAAUUCUGUGUCCAUUGAAAGAAGUUCUACUCUGUCAAGAAUAUAUAAAGUAUUUGCAUGAACUAUGUGUAUGAAUAUCUGAACUGCUGGUAAAGUCAUGGAACUUCCUAAGUAUCUAUCAUCGUUAAGUCCUGCAAAUACUUAACGAUUAGGAUAUUAACUGCUGUAAUAUUGGGUUACUGGACCCAGAUUUGGAUGAUUGCUUAGAUUGCCGCUGGUCCAUACCGACUAACUAUUAACUGUAUAAUGCUCUAUUUUUUCACAAUUUGGGAAAUCCAAUAUUCAUGUUGCAAUUUAUUUUACCCUUUAAGUGCUGUAGGGGUGUUUGGCACUGUAAGGUUAUGACCUCUUACUCUGAUCAUGAAGUAUCAGGAAAGGUUAUACUGUGUGCUUACUGUACUGCUUUGACAUUUGCAUUUGUUUUUAUGUUGCUUCAGAUAAAGCUGUGAUGGCACCAAAUCUGGACAGCUUUGGCCGAGAUAGAGCAUCCUAUCAAGAACAUGCCAAGCAGCGUAGGAUAGCAGAGAGAGAAGCCAGACGGUAAGUGUUUGUUAUAUACAUUAAGUGUGGUAUUUUUCUUUUGAUAAACUGCUACCAUGACAGUAUAGCACAAUUUAGUUUUAGACUUGGCCUUUUCAGUCUUGGUGAGGUAGCUGAAACAGAGCAGCAGGAUUUUCCCUCAACACUUCCUCCACUAACCUUAGAGUUUCUGAAUUUUGUCAGCCUAGUAUUGAUAUGCUUCUCUGGCAGGUUAAUGGUGAGAAUAUUUAUUAAGCAUGAAGAUUUUGUGGGCUGAUUUACACAGAGCUGUGACUGAUGUGGCUAACAUCAACCAAUCACAGAACAGCAGGAUAUGGAAUUGGCUACAGCAAAUCAAAUGAAUGGUCUUUAGAUGGCACAUGGAAGCACACAGCUCAUUGCUGACCGCUGCUUUUACCAUUAGAUCAGAAAGGUGCAGCCAAUAAUAGACUGGCAUCAUGCAGACACUCUAUUAAAACAAGUGCUUGCUCUACUUUAGUCACUUCGUAAAUACUGAGCACAAUGGAAAACUGAUGGAGGCAUAAUUUAUAGUGUUUGUUUUAAUCAGUAGAAAAAAAUGACCAUAAAUUCUUUUAACCCCUUCACGACGUUUGUACAAUUCAUGCUAUCGUAUACAGAGUACGCUUUAAUGCAGUUAGGACGAUAUGGAUUACCCUGCAGUUCACACCAGGAUCACAGGUUUCCAUCAAUAGCUGGUGCUCUCUUCUGUCAGCUGGUGCCAUUUUUAGUGGCCCAGGACUGACAGAUCAUAUGCAUGCAGAACUUAUAAUCCUCUCCUUAAAUAGUCAUUUAAAUGCCUAUCAAUAGAUCGCUGUGUGAACAGGGUUAUACACCAGGAAACAAAGGUAUCAAUAGAUACCUGGAGUUCCUCUUUGUCAGUUGGGGCCAUUUGAAUAUCAAUCUAUUUUGCGUUCUUUUUAUUUAGUUGCAUUUUAUGUAUAAAAAUUAUUGUAACAAAUGUUUUUCAUAUUGUUAGCAUUUUAUUUAAUGUUGUGUUAGGUAUACAUAUGGGAUAUCAAAUGAACGGCCUUUCUGUCCUUUAAAAACAAUAUGUUUGGUGGUAUUUAAAGAGAUAAUAGAAAAACCAUAGAACAAAUUCUAGUUGUUUUUGGACAAUUACAUCCAUCCUUAAGAUGUUAAAUUACAAAACUGUUUGGUUCCUAUAUUCAAAAAGGGUUCAAAACCCUUGCCUGGAAAUUAUAGACCUGUGAGCUUAACUUCGAUAGCAUUCAAGAAUUCCUUGAGAAGAACCUGGUUAUCAGCAUGGUUUUAUGAAGCACAGGUCAUGUCAAACUAACUUGAUUGCAUUCUAUGAAGAAGUAAGUAGAAGUAUAGAUCAGGAUGUUGCAGUGGAUGUGAUCUAUUUGGAUUUUGCCAAGUCGUUUGAUAAAGUUACACACAAUAAGUUAGUGUUCAAACUCAAAGAAAUCGGUCUAGAUGAAAAUGCUUGUUCUUGGGUAGAACAUUGGCUUAAAAAUAGAGUACAAAGAGUUGUCAUUUAUGGCAAAUUUUCAAGCUAGACAGAGGUGGCAAGUGGUGUCCCUCAGGGUUCUGUUCUGGGACCACUUCUAUUUAACAUGUUUAUAAAUAAGCUUGAAAAAAAGCAUUGAAAGUAAUGUUUCAGUGUUUGCAGAUGACACAAAGCUCUGUAAAGUAAUACAAUUUGAGCAGGAUAUGACUUUGCUGCAGAGGAAUUUAGAUAGAUUGGGGGACUAGGCACUCAAAUGGCAGAUGAAAUUAAAUGUAGACAAAUACAAAGUUACGCAUUUAAGAAUGCACAACCAACUUAAACCCUUAAUGGAAGCUAACUAGGGAAAACACACAAGAAGGAUUUAGGAAUUGUUAUAAACAACAAACUCUACAACAAUGUGCAGUGGUUAAGCCCAGAAAGGUAUUGUCAUGCAUGGAAAAAGGGCAUUCAUUCUCGAGAUAAGAAUAUCAUUUUGCCUCUUUAUAAAUCACUGGUAAGACUACAUCUUGAAUAUGCUGUGCAAUUUUGGGCACCUGUUCUAAAGAAAGAUAUUAUGACACUGGAAAGAGUGCAGAGGCGGGCAACAAAAUUAAUAAAAGGAAUGGAACAUUUUAGCUAUGAAGAAAGGUUAACAAAGUUAAACCUCUUUAGUUUAGAAAAACAUCGCCUGAGAGGGGAUAUGAAAACAUUAUACCAAUAUAUUUGUGACCAAUACAAACCAUUGUGUGGAAAUCUAUGCACAAACAAGACUUUACAUAGGACAUGAGGUCAUGCAUUUUUACUUGAAGAAAGGAGAUUUAGUGUAAGGCAAAGGAAAGGUUUGUUUUUUUUACUAUAAGAACAAUAAGGGGCGGGGCUAGCACGCAGACCGAGACAGACGCCAUUUGCUGGAGCUCCUCCAAACAAACCUGAAAUCUGCCCGAUAUCAUCGGAACAUGAGCCCAUCCAGCCUCAAAAAGCACAAAAUCGGACUCUGCUGCCCGAGCUGAAAGCGUAGAUGCCCUUCUUACAGCUGCAAAAGCGGCGACGGAAGACUGAGGCCUAUCACCCUCUCCAGAUCCCCAGCCUCGCGUCACUCUUCGGAGAUUUCGCGGAGCGGCCGAGGGCGACCCCAUCACAUACAUCGCCCAACACACUCACUAUGGGCCGUAAAUCACAGAGACCCGCCACAGGGUUGGAUACCAGGGACAUUGGGGCGAUGCUCCAGAAGCCCAAACAAACUCAGUCCGGAGACCAACCGGAAACAGAACCAGAACCAGACCGCCACGAGAUCGAGGUACCACAACACCCCCUGGCGGUAAGAACCGCACAAGCGGACCCUAUGGAUGAAUCAGCCCCAACAACUAGGGGAGAUCUGAAGGUCCUAUUAGCUGAUAUCCACAAGCUCCUGGCUGCAGAUUUAGCUGUAUUUACAACACAGCUACAGGCCGUAACAGAGAGAGUCAAUGCCACAGAGGGGGUUAUAGCAGACACACAAUCUGCCAUGCAAACCAUGCAGGACUCUAUCCACCAAUUACAAGCGCACCAGACUACCCUGAACGCAAAACUCAUAAUCCUAGAGGAUAGACAACGCCGCACAAACAUCAAAAUAAGGGGUAUCCCUACGGCAAUAUUCGCGGAGGAACUUCCCCAUUACACCGACGCCUCUUGACAUCUAUAUUACCUCCCACGCUAGCCCGCAAAAUCACAGUGGACAGUCUAUAUCGCAUCCCUAAUACAACCAACACUAAUACCAACCUGAACCGGGAUGUCAUCCUGCGCUUCCACUCAGUACAAGACAAAAUACAUGUCAUGACAGCUGUGAAGGGCAAAACCCCUCUUUCAUUUGAAAAUGACACCUUGAACUUCUUCCAAGACCUUACUAAGUCAACGCUGCUAUGGAGGAAAACCUACGCACCGGUAACUUCCCAACUACACACGGCAGGACUGCCAUACAGAUGGGGAACCGACAACUCUUUAACGGUCACCACAGAAGGAACUAUGCAUGUCCUCCGCACCAUGGCCGACGCAACCUCUUUUCUGGGAAAAUUAGGACUACCCAUCCCAGCCGAUAACCGUGCGCUUCCUGAGAGUGCCAGAGACCCGGCCACCAUCAACUGUAGGAUAAUAGCUGCUUGAUCCAAGGAUAAAUCUGACUGCCAUUCUGGGUCAGGAGGGAACUUUUUUCUUGUUUGUUGCAAAAUUGGUGCUUAUAACAGGUUUGUUUGUUUUUUGCCUUCCUUUGGAUCAACGGCAAAAAACUAAUGUGAGAAAGGCUGAACUUGGUGGACACGUCUCUUUUUAACCAAUGUAACUAUGUAACUUGUGCAUAUGAAUAAGUAACUGGAUAAUCACUUGUGUUACAGAGCACGUCGACGGCAAGCCAGGGAGGUAACUGGUAAGAUGGCAGAGCAUCUUGAAGGCCUUUCUAGUGAUGAUGAAGAAACAUCAACUGAUAUUACCAACUUUAACAUGGAGAAAGGUUGGGCUUUGUACUACAACUCUUUUGUUUGAUGUUUUUUGCCAAUUACUGCAUAGAUAGUGAAAUUCUGGACCUGCAACUGUAAGCUGAUUACAACUCCUAUAACCUUUGGCAGCAACAAUCAGUAAUUGUGUCUGUAAGGUGUAAACUGCUAACAGAUUUGGGUUUAGUAUUUGACUACUUCUAAACUACAGCUCAUGUAGGGUAUUGCUGCUUACUCUUUUUAAGUAAUCAGUAGCCAACAUAGUUUGUCUUGUAAUGACGAUACGAGACCUACACAUCGGAAUGUUGAAUGUCUGUGAAUAUGGAUACAAUUUUAGUACAUGGUGUUUCAUGUCAAGAGAAAGGCAGGAGAGGGUGGAGUGGAGCUAAAUCUGCCUCAUCUAUACUGUAAACUGCGCCCUUACUAAGUGACCUUUCUGAUGGUUAUUUAAGCAAUUUGUGUCUGUUUCUAUGGUCUGUUUAACCCCUUAAGGACCGCGGACGUACUAGGUAGUCCAACAAAAAAAUAAACGGUCCUUAAGGCAUGUCCUUAAUACGUACUCAAUCACCGCCGUUCCCCCGCGGGCCAUGUGAUCACGCUAAAAGAGCAAUCACAUGGCCGCAAUAGGCGUCCGUAGUGCUUCCUGCUGCUGGAAAAAAAAAUUCAUAAAUUAAAAAAUAUAAAUAUAUAAAUGUCAUACUAAGUGUAUUUUUCUAUUAAUAUAUACAUAUAUUAAUCUAAAAAUAAACUUACAAUUAAAUUACACACGUGUGUGUGUGUGUGUGUGUGUGUAUAUAUAUAUAUAUAUAUAUAUAUAUAACUAUAUAUUGUGUGUGUGUAUAUAUAUAUAUUUUUUUUAUAUAUAUAUACAGUAUAGUAUAAAAUAUAAAUUAGAGGUUAAUACAAUUUUUUUAAAAGAAUGUAAAAAAAUUAUAAUAUUUUAACUGUUUUUUGAUAUUAAUAUAUUUAUAUCAAAAUACACUUAGAAUGAAAAUAUAUAUAUCUAUGUAUAUAUAAAUAAAAAUGAUAUAUAUAUCCAUAUACAUAAUUACAUAAAUGUCAUAAAUAUUCACGUAAUUUCCAAUAUAUAAAUGUGUGUGUGUGUGUGUGUGUGUAUGUAUAAUAUAUAAUAUUUAAAUUCUACGUGCAUAUUUAUGUAAUAUUUUUACAUAAAUAAGUAAUUUUAUCGAUUGCAAUUUGAGGGAACUAAACAGAUUAGUGCAAUUGUAAUUAUUUAGAAAUAUGUAAAAUACAAUGAAUGCUUAAGUUUAAAAUGGUGUAAGCAUGUUAUCUUUUUUCCCAGUUUCUCAUUUCUAAAAUUGUAUUUUAAAAUUCUGAUCUUAUGUUUUUUAAUUAUUCUUAUUUAGAUCGUAUUUUGAAAGAGUCGAGUAAAGUGUUUGAAGAUACUUUAGAAAAUUUUCAUUCUAUCGACUGCAUCAAAUCUCAGUUUGAAACCUGGCGAACAGAUUAUUAUGGCACUUAUAAAGAUGCUUAUAUUGGUCUAUGUUUGCCAAAACUUUUAAAUCCUCUAAUACGACUUGAAAUGAUAACGUGGAAUCCACUAGAGGUAAGUUGCUGUUAAUAUGCUGCUCAAUGUGUGCAGAUAGUGUACCUUACUGAUGCCACAAGCAUAUACCUCUUGUUUGUUAUGUCUCCUUUUAGGGUAGAGGCUUUGGGGUUUGCCAUCAUUUAUUUUGCAACGUGCUCUAAAUUUCAUACAUUGUCCUAAUGUCAGAUAUCUGAGAAGUUAAAGAAAAUGUAGUGUACUAUAUUGUGAACUGUAGAUCCCAUGUUAGAAUGCUGGAGGUUUAUGUACAUGUUGCAUAUUGGAUGCUCACCCAGUGCUACUAAAACUGCACCAUACGUUUAUUUUACUUCUUACAGCUUGUGCUGAGACCUGACAUUCAGAUAGUGUUCUGCAAUGUAAUUAUGCUGGGAUAUUAAUUACAAGAUCACUUGCUAUUCAGAGCUGUUGGGCUGGCUGAGCAUCAUGGGAGAUCCAGUUUUACACGUUUAAUUUGCUCUGUUUGUCUAUUACAGUUCUUUAUUUUGAUGUAUUGUCGCAUUUACUUGCUGGUAUUUCUAUUUAAUUUUUUUUUUAUUUUUUUUUAACGAUUGCUUUAACACUACAUUAAAAAAAAAAAAUGUUUAUAAAGCUUUAUUACUAAACAGAACAAUUCUACUUUUAGGCAAAAUGUUGUGAAUUUGAAAGCAUGGACUGGUUUGAGUCGUUACUUUUUUAUGGCUGUGAAGAAAAGGAAUAUGACAAAGAAGAUGCCGAUGUUGCAAUAAUACCUUCCAUAGUUGAAAAAAUUAUUCUUCCAAAACUUGCAGGUAGAUAAGAUUUGUUUUGACACUACUGCAAUCACUUUGUUAUUCUGAAUGUGUUUGCAGUGGUCAGAUUCACUGGUUCUCACACUUUAAUGUAUUAGUCUAUGGAAUUGCUUAAAUAUUUUAAAUUUUUAAAUAAAAAUUUUUUUUUAAAGGAACGUGUUUUCCUUAAAAUACAAAUACAGUAGUUUGUUCUCAUUUUCCAAUACAUGGUAGUUAGUGAGGUCCCUAACGGUUCGCCACGGACUCAUCAUGGUGGAAGGGUCUGGGAGGGAGGGUCUGCUGCUGAUUGGCUGGAAUGUGUCUGCUGACUGUGAGGUACAGGGUCAAAGUUUACUCAAUGAUGAGUCUGCGGCGAACCGUUCGGGACAUCACUAAUGGUAGUAUGUGUUAAUCCAAUUUAGGAUCCAUUUUUUCUGCUGACAUGAAGCACCAUACUGUGUGUUAAAUUUAAGGCGUUUUUUUUUUUUACAUACUUUAGUUAUUUAUAUUAGUGCAUGUUUAUUGGAAACCAUCUUCCAUAUCAGUAUUCAAAUGGGGCUGUCACUUCUGAGAUUUUCAUAAAUAUUGUCGAACAUAUUGACUGUAUCAAACAAGAAUUACGGAUCAUUGAUAAAUAUUCAGAAUCAUAACUUGGUAUCAAUGCCAGAAGCCACUUAUCACGGACAUUCACUGUACAGGAAUUUCAGUGGCAUUCCAUCAGAAACAAAGUACGGCUGUGCAUGCCAGUUUUCUGAAAAACUAAGCAAAAAGGAUAAUUUUUAACAUAUUCAAACAGCUGCCUAUGGCAUCUCCUUGUGGAUGCAGUAGAUAAUUUGUGUAGGAUCCUGUGCAAUGGUCCAUAGAUCCCCAGGAAUAUACAAAUCACAGAGCUUCGGGGGGAGCUACAUUAUCAGUAACUUAACUGUCAAGUGACAACGCACAAAGGGUGAGGGAGGGAAAUAUAAAUAUAUCUCUAAUUCUCUCCACCUGUCCACCACCAUGCAAGUAGACAUGGAUAUCUAUGUACAACAUGAUUACGUGGUGUUGGGUACUCAUAUUUAACCCUUUUUUUUUUUUUUUAAAGCUAUUGCUGAAAACGUGUGGGACCCUUUUUCAACAACACAAACAAACAGAUUUACUGCUUUGUUUCAGAAGCUAGUGAAUGGAUAUCCUACAGUUGUAAAUUCAGAAAACAAAAACACAGAGGUAAGAAUUCCUUGGUUUUAUGUUGCUGUCAGGGUAUUGGUUAUCUGGUGCUAGUACUUGCUUACUGUAUCUGAAGGGACAGUUGUGAACUAAACAUAUUAAAGCAUGGUUAUUCCCAUUCUACUUGACUACUGCUCUGCCAUCAUAAGUCAUUUCUGACCGAUUUAAAAACAAAUGUAUUUGUUGAGGGAUAGUUGUCGAUUUCAAAAUAUAACCUUCAUCUCCCAUCUGGUUUGUAAUGGUUAUGGUCCCAAAGUGCUGUAGCUGUGUGCCUGUUUGCAUUCCUACUGCUCUAGGGCUACAGUGUUAAAGGUAUUCUUUGCAGAUGUGCUGACUACAUAAGUGGUUACAGUAAAAAGUGGGGAGUAUUGAGUGGUGGAAGAAAAUAAAAGUUAAGUUGGAUAUAUAUUUUCUGCAAAUUUAUCACUUAACUGUAGUUAACACCUCCCUAUUUUUUGUAUGUAUAAUAUUAAUUGUGCAGUGGACUUGUGCAAUUAGUUUUGUCCAAAUCCUUUCGAUCCACACUAAACAAAUCUAUUCAAGAUAAAUACGUUUGUUUUUUCUAGACUAAUGGAUUAGUACUGGUGUGAACUAAAAGGCAUUUUUGUUUAGACAUAUCAAUUUGUUUUAACAAGACUCUGUUUCAAAAGCUUUCUUGCCAGUAUUUGCAUUCAUUUUUUGGUCAACCCUCCCACUUUGCUGAUUGUUUUUAAUAGCUUUAUUUUUUGCUGAAUUUUAGGCACUCCUUAAGGCACUGCUCUUCAGAAUGCGAAGGACAUUGGAUGAUGAUGUCUUCAUGCCGUUAUAUCCCAAAAAGUAAGUUUGUAACUUAAAUCUAUUUCAGUUACUGUAGCUGAUAUUGAAGUCAUUUUUAUUAUACUGUGUUGAGUGCACCUAAUGUGUUUUUGUAUAGUUCUAUUAUUUGUGUUGUAGUUGAGGUGUAUUAUGUUAUGUGUGUGAUUCAUUUUAUCCAUGUUGCCUCUGCCUUUCUUGCUUACUACUGAGAAAUUUGCUCUUACUAUAGAGCAGGGUUUCCCAAUUAAUAUUUCCCGUGGAAACCUUUGAUAUAGUGUAUCAACAUCGUGGAACCUCCCUCCCCGAAAUGUUUUUUUUUUAAAUUGCGCCUUUUUUUAUAAAUAAAUGUACCGGUGUGUGUGUAUAUCUGUGCCAGUUGUAUAUCUGAAACACAGAUACACACACUGCGUGUGUAUCUCUGUGUCAAGGUGUGUGUGUUUGUAUGUGCCAGUGUGUAUGAAUCUGACACACAGAUACAUGCACUGGCAGAUAGUGGAACACAGAUGCACACACUGACACAGAUACACACACCUUGACACACAGUGUGUAUCUGUGUGUGUGUGUAUGCAUGUAUGUGUGUGUCAAGGGGAGUGCAUCUGUUUCAAAGUCUGUGUAUCUGUGUUUGUAUGUGUCUGUGUAUCAAGGUGUGUGUAUCUGUGUUUGUAUGUGCCAUAAUGUAUGAAUCUGACACACAGAUACACGCACUGGUAGAUAGUGGCACACAGAUACUCACACCUUAACACACUGUGUGUAUCUGUGUGUCAAGGUGUGUGUAUCUGUGUUUGUAUGUGCCAGUGUGUAUGUAUCUGACACACAGAUACACACACUGGCGCAUACAAACACAGAUAUAUACACCUUGACACACAAAGGCACAUGCAAACACAGAUACGUAUCUGUGUGUCAAGGUGUGUGUAUCUGUGUGUCAAGGUGUGUGUAUCUGUGUUUGCAUGUGCCUUUGUGUGUCAAGGUGUAUAUAUCUGUGUUUGUAUGCGCCAGUGUGUGUAUCUGUGUGUCAGAUACAUACACACUGGCACAGAUACACACACUGGCAGAUAGUGGCACACAGAUACACACAACGUAACACACUGUAUCUGUGUUUGCAUGUGCCGGUGUGUGUCAAGGUGUGUAUAUCUGUGUCAGUGUGUAUAUAUAUAUAUAUCUGACACACAGAUAUAAACACACACAGAUACACACACCUUGACUCGCAAAUACAUACACACGCACACACUCAGAUACACACAGUGACAUUCACACACUUGCACCCUCAGAAACACACACAUAGGCACAUACAAACACACUGAUACUGGCACAUACACACACACACACACACACAUACCCAUGCACACAAUGACACAUACACAAACCUUGACACAGAUACACACACACUGACACAAACAUACACUCUCACUGACAAACACACAUUCUUUUACAUACAAACACAUAGACACUCUCAUUGACAAGAAGAGAUACAUUCUCACUGCCAAACACAUACUCACUGACAAGCACACAUUCACUCUCACUGACAAACACAAACUCCCUAACAGACGCACAUACAAUUUUUUAUUUAUUUUUUUUACACAUUUUACUCCACCCAGCCCCCCACCUUUAGGAGUGCUGGCAUGGAGUCCCUGUGGUCCAGUGGGGGUGGCUGCAGCUUGGCGGGCGGCGAGGGACAGACAGGUGAGCGGUGGAGGCGGCGCCGAGGAAGCUCUGAUCUCUCUGCUCAGCUCCCUCACGCGCCUCCUAGUGAUGCCGGAGCCGGAGUGACGCCAUAUUCUGGCUCCGGCAUCACUGCUGUGCGCGCGAGGAUGCUGAGCAGGGAGAUCAGAGCUCAUGGCUGCCCGCGGCCAUUUUUCUCCACAUUUUCCCGCGGAACACCAAUUGGGAAACGCUGCUAUAGAGUAACCAUAAAGAUGUUGUGUAUGUACACAAUACCCAUUGUACCUUAAGUACUUUUUGGGAAAAUAGUUGUGUAAUUCCGAUUUGCAAGAAACAAAAAGAAAUUCAACAAAGAAAACUAGUUUGUGUACUGAACAGACUAUGCUAUGUGUAGUAAGAAAUCAUCCUGGUGAUGCAACUAAAUAGCUAUUAUGGUCUUUCUAUGAAAAAGAAACGUUUUGAAGCUGUCAUGUAUGUAUAUGUUUUUGUGUGUGUAUAUAGUUCUUUUCAGAGAAUAAAACACUGGCAAUUCCUAUGUAACCCAUGGUGACUAAUGUAAAAUAUAGUCUUAUAAAAAUUAAUAUGUAAUUUGAAAAGAAAAUGGGACAUUCACCAUCCUAGUGUGGUCAGCAGUUAGUCAUUAUAUCUAAUAAGUGGAACUGAUGCUGGAGGCUUAACAAUAUGAGCGGAAGCUUAUAGGAUAAAAUUGGAAUCCACAGACCUGCAAUUAUUAUUAUCCAUUAAUUGUAUAAUGCACUACAAAAUAGGGGUUAUUGUAGAUGGUUUUUUUUGUUUUCCUUGAAAAUCAUGCAAUCAAAACAUCCACUAUUUACUUGAACAGAUUGAAGCUAAUUGUAUUUGCUAAUUGUUAAUAAAUUCCUUGUCUUUUUAUUUUUAGUGUUAUCGAAAACAAGAAUUCUGGACCCUGUGUAUUUUUUCAGCGCCAGUUUUGGUCUUCUGUGAAGGUAAUAAAAAUACGGACUCCUGAUAAUACUAUGUAAUCUAUGCUUUACCUAUAAGAACAGGAGAACCAGGGCUAACACUAGUGUAUCCAGCUUACGGCUGUGCCCAGACAUGUCUCAAAUACUUCAUAGACUAUUAAUGGCUAACUGGUACUGCAGAUUUAUGAACUACAUUGGUGCAGUGCCAGCCUUUAGGGAAAUUAAAGGGAUACUAUAGUGCCAUGAAUAGAAAGCUGUAUUCCUGGCACUAUUGCUCCCCACUCCAUCACGCGCCCCUCCCCGCUAAAUAAAAGGUAGUAAACCUUUUAUUUACUUGCCUUAUCCCAGUGACUAUGUCCCUCGGUGCUGGGUUAAAGCUCCUCCCCUUUGAUUAGCGUGCAUUAGACCUCCCCGUAGGAAAGCACUGAACCAAUGCUUUCCUAUGGGAAAAGUCUGACGCCUGAUGUCCUCAUGCAGAGCGUGAGGACGUCCAGCGUCUGAUACCGGACUUAGUGCUACAAUGUAAACAUUGCUGUUUCUCUGGAACUGCAGCACUAAGUGCAAAAGGGACAGUGCACCCAGUCCUCUUCAAUUAGCUGAAGUAGUGUGGGUGCCUAUAGUGUCCUUUUAAGAAAUAUCUUCAUGGUUAACUGUCACUGUCCAAGCACAUAAUCAGUGAUUGGACUCUGAAAUUUCACCUUGAUAAAAAGUUUAAGCUAGCAAACAGUAACAUGGGCUGAUUUCCUUAAUUAUAGAAACUUGCCUGCAGUGGAUUUUUAUGAAAAAGCCGAAUCUAAUAUUUAUCAUGUAAUGCAUUAUUAAGGUUUACAAAGAUAAAUAUGUUGAUUUUACUUGAUAAUCUUUGUAAUUUAAUUGGCUGUGUUACUGCACUACACAAAUGUUCAGUAAAAACAAAUGAACUUUUGGAAUUUGUGUUGCUUCAGUUACUGGGGAACUUCCUGAAGUGGCAUGGCACAUUGUCUAACAAGACUCUACAGGAUCUGGCAUUAGAUGGGCUGCUCAACAGAUACAUCCUCAUGGCUUUUCAGAACAACGAGAGCGGGGAAGAUUGCAUCAAAAAAGCUCAAAGUGUAAGUAGCAUUGUAGCACGACUAGUUUAAAUCCUUUUAAAUUACACAUCCUUUAACACUGUGUGAUCGUAAGUACGAGCAAUUUAUAAGGAAACCCCCUUAUUGUCAUUCCAAUUUAACCUCUUAAAGACCAAACUUCUGGAAUUAAAGGGAAUCAUGACAUGUCAUGUGUCCUUAAGGGGUUAAACACAAUUUGUAUACAAAUUGUUUGUUUUUACAGGAUAAUACAAUGGGGUGAUUUGGCAUUAUUUGGGUUUUAUUUUAACUACUUUGCUGGUUUACUAGUUUGCUCACAUACCAUUUAACCUUGCAGAUCAAUCUUAUCCGAGAAAUUCUAUUGUGCUCUGCUUCUUCUUGCUUCGCAGUUAUCUUGGAAUUAUAGUGGUGGUGGCUUUACUUUGGUACAAAGCUUCAUAUAGAAGAGCUAUGUGAUGCCCAGUUAAGGCUGAAUGUGUUUCUAUCUGGUAUUUUGUGCUCUUUACAUAGAGACCGUAUGAUCCUGUUCUCUGUGAUGCUGGAAGUAGCAGCAAGACAUAUUAUCAUUGUGAAUUCUUUAUUAGUUGCAGAAGUUUAGUUUAUUGAAUGAAUGUGGUGAUUGACUGCACUUCUUAGUGUCCUAAGCAAUCCAUUUUUUUAAGCAAAAUUCAUACAUUAUUGCAUUAGAAGUGGUCAGUAGUUUAAAUUAUUGUUAACGUUAUGUUUUCAUUUGGAACCUAAAUCUUAGUGUGGAUAUACUAGAGCCGUGUUUGUGCUUCAUUAAAUUUAUAUCAGUUUCUGUCCGAACAAACUAUUUCUGGAUCCCAUUGGGGAAAAAAACUACAUGAAAAACUGUAAAAUACAGUAAAAAUGUAUGAUUAUUUACCUUGUCACUCAGCUAAUGCUGGAUUUCCUUUACAUUUUAGCAUUUGUCUUUAGUAUCCUCAAAUCCAAUUAUUUCUGGCCCCAGAAAGGCUAAAAUCUGAUUAUAAGCCUGCAGUUCAUAUGACUGCGUAGGAUUACUUCCAUGUGUUUGUGUGUGCAAAUCAAUUAUAAUAUGGGUUAUUAAGCCUACAGUUGGCGUCAUUGUACGUAGACAAACAGGUUUAUAUGAAAAAGUAAUCAUUGUAAUCUUGAAAUAUAAAACAACAUAACAUUGUUAUUAUUUAGAUUAUUUAUAAUCCUUAUAUAUCUGUGUUGCCGCUGUAAUGGGGAUAUUGCUAGUUAUGAUUUUUAAAACAUAUUAGUUUAUUGUAACUGAUAUAAAAUCAGUGUACCAUUGUUGCUCUGUUCAAAUGUUGGUAAAUUAAAUGGGCACACUAGACACCUAAUGGACAAGAAAGCAUCACGCAGAAACACACUUUUUAUUUUUUGCCUGGUGUCUAAACAGCAUUUUAUUUACGUUGAAGUUUUUUCCCCAACGUACUGUUUUUGUUAUACAUUUAAAAUAGGGGAUAGGGGACAGAGUUAGUUCUCCUGUCUAUGGUGGCUUUCUGGUUACAUUAUAGGCUCCGCACAGACUGCAUCAGCUCUAUCUUUCUACCAUGUGUAGAGCUGAUGGUUAAACAGAAUGAAAUAUUUACAUAUAAACGGGUCUUUAAUAAAAACUAGGGCCGCUCACGAGCUAGAAGAAAAUAUUGCAAGCUUUACUACCUGGAAUAACCGCAGCCAAUCCUUAUUCAUAUUAUGAUGGCUUAUUGUUCUUUUUCUAGCAGCCAUGAUUAGUGCAGUUUAUAUGGGGGUUGUCCUAUGUCACCUCAUGACCUCAAAAUCAUUAUUUAGUUGUAUCAUCUUCUUGAAUGUAACUCACUCUGGAAACCGUGGAAGUUUUCAUUCAUUCUUGGCUCGUGGCUUCUUUUCUUUUUUUUUUUUAAAUGCACUGGAUAUAUAUUUGAUUCUGUUCUAUUUUAGGUGACUGCAUGUUUCCCAAGGCAGUGGUUUUCAAAUCUUAAGGGGGGCAUUACCAUUCCUCAGCUGGAAAACAUGGUUCGGUAUCUUACUCACCUGGCUGGCGUGAUUUAUAGAAAGAACAUUGGAUGCUCAGAUGUGGAGAAAAGAAAUGCAAGGUACUUAUGGGGCUUUUCUUCUAUUAAGGACAUUACCAUCGUGUCACUUUAAAGUGGCAUUGUCACCCCACCACCUCCUCCCCCUGAAAAAUUAGUAUUUCAUAAAUAUCUUAUCUUAAUUAAAAUACUCAAUUUGACUGUGUUGGAAUUUCAGUGAAAUUCUAACCCAGUCAAGAUGUAUACAGAGACAAAGUAGGGACUACAUUGUCUCUAUUUCUUCUCCACCUGACUUUCUUAGACUCCAGGUGGAGUCUAAGUGUCAAUCUCGACAGCUGUCACCAGUGACGGCUGCAGGGAAUUGGUUGUAUCUAUGGAUGAUCUCGCGGGAUCCUCCAUAGACCUCAAUGCUGUAUGUUCGUGUGCAGUCCCCAAACGAUGACAGUGCUGCUUUAGGAAGCAGGCCAUGAAGACAUAAGCCAAUGUAGCAGUUCUUUUGCAAAAUGUUUGGUGCUCUAUUCACCAAUUCGUGAUUAGAGUAUCUAGAAGGCCUCUUGUCAGCUCUGCUAGCACUUAAUGAAUAGAAUUUGGCCUAAAAAUCCUUCCUACGUCUACCAAGUAGAUACGGUUCACUGAAAGAAUUUCAGAAGUCUUUCCAGCUGAUCCCCUAAAAUGUGAACCUUGAAUUACUGACAGAUCCCACUUUACUGAAUAACCCUCCGAGAUGUUGAAUUUACAAAAGCAGUAAAGGAGUGGCCUAUUGCUGACCUCACCCUAAAUGAUAUUUGUAAUUUACAAAGGUUUUGGCUUUAUGAUCCAAAUAUUUAUCAUUUUUCUGGUAAAUGGUUCUAUAGCUUGGAAAAUAAACUUUGAGACACAUGAUGUUACCCUAAAUGUUUUUGAACAGUGUCCUGUAAUAUUUUGUCUGCUUUUACAAGAAACUCUGGGAAGAUUUUUUUUUUUUUACUAAUCUAAGGAGAGUGUGUCAAGAUUGUAGUGGUUAUUACACUGAGGAUUAAAAGUAGAAUGUAACAUUUGCAGACGGCCCACAAUCAUUCUUUAUACACAAGACAUUAUGAGCCAUAUGGGAUAGUACUAACUGGAUGAAUUAGUUCAGGGGCCUAAUGCAACACAACUCCCUUUCGGCAUAUUCUGCAAACUGUAAUUGUCCAAAACUUAGUGGAGUUACCGUUUAUUAAAAGCUCUGAAGUUGCAUGUUUACCUACCAGUUGCAAUUAUUAUAAUUGUCCAAGUCAAAAUUGCUUGUAACAAGAGUCUAUGCUUCUUUUUAAUUUUUGAAAUAAUUAACUAAAGAGCACAGUCAGUGGGGAAGGGGAAUUAAUCAGAGAGGAGCUUUCUAUAGGAAGGGAAUACCUGGGCCAGGUUUCACUUUUUAAUACUUCAGUAUGAAAAUGAUUACUCCAGGCAGCGUUACAUGAAAGUGACCAUAGUGCAUAAGUGCAGCAUGUUACUGUGAAACGCUGCACAUACCGAGUUUAACAACUUCGCUGCCGAAGUGUAAUUUGUAAUUCUGCAAAAUGUGAUUUUUUUUUUUGAUUUUUUUUUUUAAAUCCUUUACAAAAUCCCAGUUUGUUGCGAUCUCUUGGGAUUGCAAGGAUCAGAAAGUGACUUAGUAACCUCUAUACAUUUCAUCCAUGAAAAACACAACUAAUUGGCAGCCCAUCUAUUUGCUGAGUAGCCACGGACCUCCUGCUACCAUAACACUAUCAUUCCAAUGAAAUUGUUAUGGAGUCCGGAGUGUUCCUGUAACCAUAUUGGGUGUUUUCACAAAACAGUGAAUUGCCCUAAAUCUUACAAAUCCUUUAAGUCACUAGAAUCUAAUAUUUGGCUAAUAGUAGCCUUCUGAAUGUCAUUUGACACUGGAAACACACAUUUGUCCCAGUGUAAUUACCAGACAUUGACUUAAGCAGAAGUUUUCUAAAUACAUUGGAUAGUACUUUUUCCUUAUAUAAAUUGUAUUUGAGAUAAUCAUGCUUUUAUCAUUUAAUUUUUCAGAGACCAAAUCAGGCAGAUUGUGAAAUUAUUAGCAAAUGUCAGAGCACUGGAAAAUGCAAUAUCUGUUGCAAAUGAUUACAACGUGAAAGACGUCAAAGCCCAGCCAGAAGCUAAAUAAACACCACAAUUGCAUUCCGGUUGUUCCUUGUGUUUUUGUAAAUUUUAGGUGUGUAAAUAAAGCUGUAUAGUGAUGACAGAUUGUUUUAAUGCAGAAGUUUGAAAAUGCCAAAAACUACUGGUGUGUGUGUGUUUUAUAAACAAAAAAUACAGAUAUUCGAAAUAAAACAUUUAGUCACAUUCUGAUGUUUUUACGAAAUGACGUCGAUGUUAGAAAAAUGAUGAAAGGACAACUGUAAAGCUACAUAAAUCAAGUGGCUGAUCCCAUAUAUUAUCUGCUUUACCUUAUGUUAGAGAAAAAAAAACUUCAAAGAUUUUUAGUAGUCUCAUCCUGAAGGUAGGUCAAUAUGUGCAUUGGCUGCUUGUAAUACGUUAUCAUCCAUAUUUAAACCGCAGUAUGUACACCUCUAGGAAAGACUCCACUGAAAGCAGAUUUAAAGAGCAGUUUUCAUGAUAUGAAUUUAUUGCUGAAAACAAACUUUUUUUUUUUUUUUUUUUUAAACCUCUUUUUGCAUCCUGAUAAAGAACUUGCUAAGUGAAUGUAUGAUUUUAGGAAGUGUCAUGUAAAUACAUCCUUUUUCAGAAAAUAUUAUUUUUAUUUAUUUUUCUGGUUCAUUUACAGGCUUAAUUUAGCUAUUUAGUCAUUUCCUGAAAUUACUGCAUUUUUAAGUUUGCUGAAACGAUGUGCUGUACAGGUUUAGUUCUUUUCAUUUUAUCGAGUGCCUGUAUAUUUCUGACUCUGAUUCCUCUCUUCUGAUUUGUGUACAGUCGAUAAUUUAAUGAAAUGUGUACAGUGAUGGAGCAUUAAACCAUUCAUGGAAAUGCCUGUAUAUUUUCUGAAAAUGUAACAAAGAUAUUGAAUAAAUUCUUUUUGUAGAUA